AUGUCUACUUUUGCAAGAGUCUUACCAAGGUUAUCGAGAACGUCUUUGGUUUCGGGUGCCAGAUUGCAACUUAGAUAUCAAUUGAGAUGCUAUGCAUCUUAUCCUGCUCAUACCGUCAUCGAUAUGCCUGCCUUGUCCCCUACCAUGUCUGAAGGUAAUAUUGCAAAUUGGUUAAAGAAAGAAGGUGAUUCAUUGUCUCCAGGUGAUGCUAUUGCGGAGAUUGAAACGGAUAAAGCAGUAAUGGAAUUCGAAUUCCAAGAAGAAGGUUAUUUGGCUAAGAUAUUAGUCCCUGGUGGUACCAAUAAUGUCCAAGUAGGCAAGCCAAUUGGUAUCUACGUUGAGGAGGCCGAUGAUGUUGCUGCAUUUAAGGAUUUCAAACCAGAAGACGCUGGAGAGGGAAAAGCUGCUGCAAAACCUGUAGAGGAAGCUGCUCCAAGUAAGGAAGAGCCUGCUAAGAAAGAAAGUACUACUAAACAACAACAAACCACGAAAAACCAACCAUCAUCCGAUGAGAUUAAAGCACCAGCAAAUAGAAUUUUUGCUUCCCCACUGGCUAAGACCAUGGCUCUUGAAGAAGGUAUCUCAUUGAAGAAAAUCGAAGGUACAGGCCCUCAUGGUAGAAUUGUUAAAGCAGAUAUCGAGAACUAUUUGAAGAGCGCAUCAAAGGGAACAGUAGGUGCCGCAACAGGCGCCCCUUCCGUAGGAGUAGCAUCUUAUGAAGAUAUUGAAAUUACGAAUAUGAGAAAGAUUAUUGGUGAACGUCUAUUACAAUCGACACAGAACACACCUUCUUAUAUAGUAUCUUCAGAUAUUUCUGUUUCCAAAUUGCUGAAGUUGAGAAAAUCAUUGAACUCUAGUGCACAUGAAAGAUACAAAUUAUCAAUCAAUGAUGUUUUGGUGAAAGCCAUCACUGUUGCUGCAAAAAGAGUUCCAGAGGCUAACUCUUACUGGUUACAAGAUCAAGGCAUUAUCAGGAAAUUCAAUAACGUAGACAUCUCAGUGGCAGUUGCUACACCAACAGGAUUAUUGACACCAAUUGUUAAGAAUGCAGACUCCAAGGGAUUAAUGACUAUUUCAAAGGAGAUUAAAGAACUAGUAGCACGUGCAAAGAUAAAUAAACUCGCACCAGAAGAGUUCCAAGGUGGUACCAUUUGCAUUUCAAACAUGGGUAUGAACGAUGCUGUUUCUAUGUUCACUUCAAUUAUCAAUCCACCCCAAUCUAGUAUAUUGGCCGUGGGUACGGUGAAAAGGGUUGCCCUAGAAGAUGCUGGUUCAGAAAAUGGAAUCUCAUUUGAUGAUCAAAUGACAAUCACUGGCACUUUCGACCACAGAACAAUUGACGGUGCUAAAGGUGCUGAAUUCAUGAAAGAACUCAAGAAUGUCAUUGAAAAUCCUUUAGAAUUACUCUUAUAA